AUGUCCUCGCUGGUGAAGGAGGACCUGGCCAAGAGGCUGUUCGGCCCCCGGCGGCAGAGGCUGCACGAGUUCAUCGAGGUGGAGGGCGCGGGCGCCCAGCGCUAUUACCUGUGCGCCGCAGUAACUAAAAGUAAAGAAGUAGAAAUAUGUAUGGUUAAACACUGGCGAGUGGACCGAGAGGAGAAAUAUGAAAUAGUUGAAAAGUGGUUUCUGAAAGAUCUGGAGAUGAUUGAUGGAAAAGAAGCAGAUACAGAUAAUCCAUAUUUUGAUAUGCAUUUCCACAAAGUCUACAAUAUAGAAGCAUAUAGUUGUGCAUCUAAAUAUACCUUUGCUCGAACACUAAACAAACUGAAUGCCACCUACCUUAAGAAGGACUUCAAGAUUGUGAACUUUGAUGACACCUACCUAAAUGAUGAUUCAAUCUGGUCAUCCAGCAAUAGAGAUUUCUUAGUAGUUAUGAGGGUUUGCUUCUAUGCUUCCAACCUUUUAUGUCUCUCCCUCUGUCGUUUGUCCUAA